AUGGAAGAUGGAUCUUUUGCCAAUAACAUGAAGAGAAGUUUAUUCCCUGCUGUCCUGAAUCUUGCUUCUAAUGCUCUCAUCACCACAAAUGCAACAUGUGGAGAAAAAGGACCUGAAAUGUAUUGCAAAUUGGUAGAGCAUGUCCCUGGGCAGCCUGUGAGGAACCCCCAAUGUCGAAUCUGCAAUCAAAAUAGCAGCAAUCCAUACCAGAGACACCCGAUUACAAAUGCUAUUGAUGGAAAGAACACUUGGUGGCAGAGUCCCAGUAUUAAGAAUGGAAUUGAAUACCAUUAUGUGACAAUUACACUGGAUUUACAGCAGGUGUUCCAGAUUGCAUAUGUGAUCGUGAAAGCAGCAAACUCCCCUCGGCCUGGAAACUGGAUUUUGGAACGCUCGCUUGAUAAUGUUGAAUACAAUCCCUGGCAGUAUCAUGCCGUGACAGACACCGAGUGUCUAACUCUCUACAAUAUUUAUCCCCGCACUGGACCACCAUCCUAUGCCAAAGACGAUGAGGUCAUCUGCACUUCCUUUUAUUCCAAGAUACACCCCUUGGAAAACGGAGAGAUUCACAUUUCUUUGAUCAAUGGGAGACCAAGUGCUGAUGACCCUUCUCCUGAACUGCUAGAAUUUACCUCUGCUCGCUAUAUUCGCCUGAGAUUUCAGAGGAUCCGGACCUUGAAUGCUGAUUUGAUGAUGUUUGCUCACAAAGACCCAAGAGAAAUAGACCCGAUUGUCACCCGAAGAUAUUACUACUCGGUCAAGGAUAUUUCGGUCGGAGGGAUGUGCAUCUGCUAUGGUCAUGCCAGGGCUUGUCCACUUGAUCCAGUGACAAAUAAAUCCCGCUGUGAGUGUGAGCAUAAUACAUGUGGUGAUAGCUGUGAUCAGUGCUGUCCGGGAUUCCAUCAGAAACCCUGGCAAGCUGGGACUUUUCUGACUAAAACAGAAUGUGAAGCAUGCAAUUGUCAUGGGAAAGCUGAAGAAUGCUACUAUGAUGAAAAUGUUGCCAGAAGAAAUCUGAGCUUAAAUAUCCAUGGAAAGUACAUUGGAGGGGGUGUGUGCAUUAACUGCACCCAAAACACGGCUGGUAUAAACUGUGAGACAUGCAUUGAUGGUUUCUUCAGGCCCAAAGGGGUAUCUCCAAAUUAUCCAAGACCAUGCCAGCCAUGCCAUUGUGAUCCAGUUGGUUCCUUAAAUGAAGUCUGUGUGAAGGAUGAAAAACAUGCUCGACGAGGUCUGGCACCUGGGUCUUGUCAUUGCAGACCUGGCUUCAGAGGUGUGAGCUGUGACCGGUGUGCCCGGGGCUACACUGGCUACCCAGACUGCAAGCCGUGUAACUGCAGUGGUGCAGGGAGCACAAAUGAGGACCCUUGCUUUGGACCCUGCAACUGCAAGGAGAAUGUUGAAGGUGAGGAUUGCAGUCGCUGUAAAGCCGGCUUCUUCAAUUUGCAAGAGGAUAAUCGUAAAGGUUGUGAUGAGUGUUUCUGUUCCGGGGUUUCAGACAGAUGUCAGAGCUCCUACUGGACUUAUGGCCAUAUACAAGACAUGCGUGGCUGGUACCUGAUGGACAUCUCUGGCCGCGUUCAAGUGGCUCCCCAGCAGGAUGACUUAGACCCACCUCAGCAGAUCAGCAUCAGCAGUGAGGAAUCCCACCGUGCUUUGCCACAGGGCUACUACUGGAGUGCACCAGCUCCAUAUCUGGGAAACAAACUUACCGCAGCUGGAGGACAAUUGACGUUUACCAUAUCAUAUGACUUCGAAGAAGAAGAAGAAGAUACAGAACGUGUACUCCAGAUUAUGGUUAUCUUAGAGGGAAAUGACUUGAGAAUCAGCACAGCCCAAGAUGAGGUGUAUCUGCAACCGUAUGAAGAACAUAUUCAUGUACUGUCACUUAAAGAAGAAUUGUUUACCAUACAUGGCACAAAUUUCCCUGUCAGUAGAAGAGAGCUGAUGACAGUGCUUGCGAAUUUGAAGAGAGUCCUCUUACAAAUCACGUACAGCCUUGGGAUGGAUGCCAUCUUCAGGUUAGGCUCUGUUGGCCUUGAAUCCGCGGUCCCCUAUCCUACUGACAGAAGCCUUGCAGCAGCUGUGGAGGUUUGUCAAUGUCCUCCCGGGUACACUGGCUCUUCUUGUGAAUCUUGUUGGCCUCGGCACAGACGAAUUAAUGGCACUAUUUUUGGUGGCAUCUGUGAACCAUGUCAAUGCUUUGGUCAUGCAGAAUCCUGUGAUGACAUCACCGGAGAAUGCCUGAGCUGUAAGAAUCACACAGGUGGCCCAUACUGCAAUAAAUGUCUUCCUGGUUACUAUGGUGAUCCUAGUAAAGGGACCUCUGAAGACUGUCAGCCCUGUGGCUGUCCACUCAAUACCCCAUCCAAUAACUUUAGCCCGACGUGCCAUUUAGACCGAAGUCUCGGACUGAUUUGUGAUGCAUGCUCUGUCGGAUACAGAGGACCACGCUGUGAGAGGUGUGCAGAAGGCUAUUUUGGACAACCUUCUGUACCUGGAGGAUCAUGUCAGCCAUGCCAAUGCAGUGACAACCUUGACUUCUCCAUGCCUGGCAGCUGUGACAGCUUGUCUGGCUCCUGUCUGAUAUGUAAGCCAGGUACAACAGGCCGCUUCUGUGAGCUCUGUGCUGAUGGGUAUUUUGGAGACGCAGUUGAUGCAAAGAACUGUCAGCCUUGUCGCUGUAAUGUCAACAGCUCCUUCUCUGAGAGUUGCCAUGCCAGGACGGGACAGUGUGAAUGCAAACCUAACGUGCAGGGACGGCGGUGUGAUGAGUGUAAGCCUGAAACCUUUGGCCUACAAUCAGGAAGGGGGUGUGUUCCCUGCAAUUGCAAUUCCUUUGGGUCUAAAUCAUUUGACUGUGAAGAGAGUGGUCAGUGUUGGUGCCAGCCUGGAGUGACAGGAAAGAAAUGUGACCGCUGUGCCCAUGGCUAUUUCAACUUCCAAGAAGGAGGCUGCACAGCUUGUGACUGUUCCCAUCUGGGAAAUAACUGUGACCCAAAGACUGGUCAGUGCAUUUGCCCUCCCAAUACCAUUGGAGAGAAAUGUUCUAAAUGUGCACCUAAUACCUGGGGCCACAGCAUCACCACUGGUUGUAAGGCUUGUAACUGCAGCACAGUGGGAUCCUUGGAUUUCCAAUGUAAUAUAAACACAGGCCAAUGCAGCUGUCACCCCAAAUUCUCCGGUGCGAAAUGUACAGAGUGCAACCAAGGUCACUGGAACUACCCUCACUGUACUCCCUGCGAGUGCUUCCUGCCCGGGACUGACGACAAGACCUGUGACCCAGAGACUAAAAAGUGCUCCUGUAUUGAUCAGACUGGGCAGUGCACCUGUAAGGUGAACGUAGAAGGUGUCCACUGUGAUAGGUGCCGGCCGGGCAAAUUUGGACUUGAUGCCGAGAACCCACUAGGCUGCAGCAACUGCUAUUGCUUCGGGGCUACUACCCAGUGCUCUGAAGCAAAAGGACUGAUCCGUACGUGGGUGACUCUGAAGCCUGAGCAGACCAUUCUGCCCCUGGUGGACGAGGCCCUGCAGCACACCACUACCAAAGGCAUCGUUUUUCAACACCCAGAGAUUGUUGCACACAUGGACCUCGUGAGACAGGAACUCCGUCUGGAACCUUUUUAUUGGAAACUUCCAGAACAGUUUGAAGGACGGAAGUUGAUGGCCUACGGCGGCAAACUCAAGUACGCAAUCUAUUUUGAGGCUCGGGAAGAGACAGGUUUCUCUACCUAUAAUCCUCAAGUUAUCAUUCGAGGUGGUACCCCUACGCAUGCUAGAAUUAUCAUCAGGCAUAUGGCUGCUCCUCUAAUUGGCCAACUGACACGGCAUGAAAUCGAAAUGACGGAGAAAGAAUGGAAAUAUUACGGUGAUGAUCCUCGAAUCAGUAGAACAGUGACCCGUGAAGACUUCUUGGAUAUUCUGUAUGAUAUUCAUUAUAUUCUUAUCAAGGCAACUUAUGGAAAUAUCAUGAGACAAAGCAGGAUUUCUGAGAUCUCGAUGGAGGAAGCCGAACAAGGGCACCUAACAGCUGUGACUUCUCCAGCUCGCUCCAUAGAAAGAUGUGAUUGUCCCCCAGGCCAUUCUGGUCUGUCCUGUGAGACAUGCAUGCCAGUCUCUCUCUCUCUCUCUCUUGAGCCAGGUAGCCGCACUCCUAGGCCAACUCUGGGCACCUGCGUUCCAUGUCAGUGUAAUGGACACAGUAGCCUGUGUGAUCCUGAAACCUCUCUCUCUCUCUCUCUCUCUACCUCUACCGCUGGUGACUUCUGUGAACGAUGUGCUCCUGGAUUCUCUCUCUCUCUCUCUCUAUUGCCAAAUGACUGUCAGCAGUGUGCUUGCCCUCUAUCUCUCUCUCCUCUCUCUAGUUUUAGCCCUUCUUGCGUCAUGGAAGGCCUGGAAGUCUCUCUCUCUCUCUCUCUCCCCCGGGGAUAUGAAGGCCAGUACUGUGAACGUCUCUCUCUUGGCUAUACUGGCAGCCCCAGCAGCCCUGGAGGUUCCUGCCAAGAAUGUAAGUGUGACCCCCGUGGCUCGCUGCCUGUCCCCUGUGACCCCAUCACAGGGCUCUGCACGUGCCGACCUGGAGCCACAGGGCAGAAGUGUGACGGCUGCAUCUCUCUCUCUCUCUCUCUGGGCAUGGAGUGUGUGUUUUGUGGAGAUGAAUGCACAGGCCUUCUUCUCGGUGACUUGGCUCGCCUAGAGCAGAUGGCCAUGAGUAUCAACCUCACUGGCCCACUACCUGCCCCAUAUAAAAUGCUGUAUGGUCUCGAAAAUAUGACUCAAGAACUAAAGCACUUGCUCUCACCUCAGCGGGCCCCAGAGAGGCUCAUUCAAUUGGCAGAAGGCAAUCUGAACACGCUCGUGUCGGAAAUGAAUGAGCUUCUGACCAGGGCUACCAAAGUGACAGCAGAUGGCGAGCAAACUGGACAGGAUGCUGAGAGGACCGGCAGGAGAGCAGAUUCCUUAGGAGGAUUCAUUAAGGAGCUUUCCCAGGAGGCAGAAGCUGUAAAUGAAAAAGCUGUAAGACUAAAUGAAACUCUAGGAACUCAAGACAAGGCCUUUGAGAGAAAUUUGCAAGGGCUUCAGAAAGAGAUUGAUCAGAUGAUGGCAGAACUGAGGAGGAAAAAUCUAGAUAAACAAAAGGAAGUUGCUGAAGAUGAGUUAGUAGCUGCAGAAGGCCUUCUGAAGAAGGUGAAGAAGUUAUUUGGAGAGUCCCGAGGGAAAAACGAGGAAAUGGAGAAGGGUCUCCGGGCAAUAUUGGCAGACUACAAAGACAAAGUUGAUGAUGCUUGGGACCUGUUGCGAGAAGCCAUGGAGAAAAUCAGAGAGGCUAAUCGCUUUUCUUCAGCAAACCAGAAAAACAUGACUGCUUUGGAGAAAAAGAAGGAGGCUAUUGAACGUGACAAACAGCAAACUGAGAACACUUUAAAAGAAGGCAGUGACAUACUUGAUGAAGCCAACCGUCUUGCAGGUGAAAUCAACUCAGUCAUAGAUUAUGUUGAAGACAUUCAAACUAAAUUGCCACCCAUGUCUGAAGAGCUUAAAGAUAAAAUCGAUGACCUUGCCCAGGAAAUAAAGGACAGGAACCUUGCUGAGAAGGUGUCCCAGGCUGAGAGCCAUGCAGCUCAGUUGAAUGACUCAUCUGCUGUCCUUGAUGGAAUCCUUGAUGAGGCCAAAAACAUCUCCUUCAAUGCCACUGCAGCCUUCAAUGCUUACAGCCAUAUUAAGGACUCUAUUGAUGAAGCUGAGAAAAUAGCCCAAGAAGCUAAAGGUCUUGCGCACGAAGCUACAAAACUGGCAACAGGUCCUCAGGGUUCACUAAAGGAAGGUGCCAAAGGCUCUCUUCAGAAAAGCUUUGGGAUUCUUAAUGAAGCCAAGAAGUUAGCAAAUGCUGUAAAAGAAAAUGAUGACUAUCUGAAUGGCUUAAUAACCAGAUUAGAAAAUGCAGAUGUUAGAAAUGAGGAUCUCCUGAGAGCUUUGAAUGACACUUUGGGGAAGCUGUCAGCCAUUCCAAAUGACACAGCCGCUAAACUGCAAGCUGUUAAGGACAAAGCAAGACAAGCCAAUGACACAGCAAAAGACUUAUUGGCACAGAUUAAAGAUCUCCACCAGAACCUUGAUGGCCUGAAGAAAAAUUACAAUCAACUAGCAGACAGCGUAGCCAAAACAAAUGCUGUGGUAAAAGAUCCUUCGAAGAACAAAAUCAUUGCAGAUGCCCAUGCCACUGUGAAAAAUCUAGAACAAGAAGCUGAUCGUCUGAUAGAUAAACUCAAACCCAUCAAGGAACUUGAGGAUAACCUAAAGAAAAACAUCUCUGAGAUAAAGGAACUAAUAAACCAAGCCCGGAAACAGGCUAAUUCUAUCAAAGUAUCUGUGUCUUCCGGAGGUGACUGCAUUCGAACAUACAAGCCGGAAAUCAAGAAAGGAAGCUACAAUAAUAUCAUUGUCAACGUAAAGACAGCUGUUGCUGACAACCUCCUUUUUUAUCUUGGAAGUGCCAAAUUUAUUGACUUUCUGGCUAUAGAAAUGCGGAAAGGCAAAGUAAGCUUCCUCUGGGAUGUUGGAUCUGGAGUUGGACGUGUAGAGUAUCCAGAUUUGACUAUUGAUGACUCUUAUUGGUACCGUAUUGAGGCAUCAAGAACUGGGAGGAAUGGGACCAUUUCUGUGAGAGCCCUGGAUGGACCCAAAGCCAGCAUUGUGCCCAGUACCUACCACGCAACUUCUCCUCCAGGGUAUACUAUUCUCGAUGUGGACGCAAACGCAAUGCUGUUUGUUGGUGGCUUGACUGGGAAACUGAAGAAGGCCGAUGCCGUGCGCGUGAUUACAUUCACGGGCUGUAUGGGAGAAACCUACUUUGACAGCAAACCUAUAGGGUUGUGGAAUUUCCGAGAAAAAGAAGGUGACUGCGAAGGAUGUACUGUCAGUCCUCAGGUAGAAGAUAGUGAAGGGACUAUUCAGUUUGAUGGAGAAGGGUACGCAUUGGUCAGCCGCCCCAUUCGCUGGUACCCCAACAUCUCAACUGUCAUGUUCAAGUUCAGGACAUUUUCUUCAAGUGCUCUCCUGAUGUACCUUGCCACACGAGACCUGAAAGAUUUCAUGAGUGUAGAGCUCACUGAUGGGCAUGUAAAAGUCAGCUAUGAUCUGGGUUCAGGAAUGGCUUCUGUUGUCAGCAAUCAAAACCAUAAUGACGGGAAAUGGAAAUCCUUCACCCUGUCAAGAAUUCAGAAACAAGCCAACAUAUCAAUUGUAGACAUAGACACUAACCAGGAGGAGAGCAUAGCAACUUCAUCUUCUGGAAACAACUUUGGUCUUGACUUAAAAGCAGAUGACAAAAUAUAUUUUGGUGGUCUGCCAACACUGAGAAACUUGAGUAUGAAAGCAAGACCAGAAGUAAAUUUGAAGAAAUAUUCUGGCUGCCUCAAGGAUAUUGAAAUUUCAAGAACUCCAUAUAAUAUACUCAGUAGCCCUGAUUAUGUCGGUGUUACCAAAGGAUGUUCACUGGAGAACGUUUACACAGUCAGCUUCCCCAAGCCUGGUUUCAUAGAGCUGCCCCCUGUGCCAGUUGAUGUAGGGACAGAAAUCAACCUGUCCUUCAGCACCAAGAAUGAGUCUGGGAUCAUUCUCUUGGGAAGUGGAGGGACACCAACACAACCUCGGAGGAAACGAAGGCAAACUGGACAGGCCUAUUAUGCAAUAUUCCUGAACAAGGGACGUCUGGAAGUGCAUCUCUCCAUGGGCACAAGAACAAUGAGGAAAAUCAUCAUCAAACCAGAGCCAAGUCUGUUUCACGACGGGAGAGAACAUUCCGUUCACGUCGAGAGAGCUAAAGGCAUCUUUAUUGUUCAAGUCGAUGAAGACAGAAGCCAUAUGCAAAACCUGACAGUAGAACAGGCAAUCCAAGUUAAAAAGCUUUUCGUUGGGGGUGCUCCACCUGAAUUUCAGCCUCCGCCUCUCAGAAAUAUUCCUCCUUUUGAAGGCUGUGUAUGGAACCUUGUUAUAAACUCUGUCCCCAUGGACUUUGCACAGCCUGUAUCCUUCAAAAAUGCGGACAUUGGUCGUUGCGCCCAUCAGAAGCCCCCUGGGGAUGAAGAUGGAGCAGUUCCAGCUGAACUAGUGACCCAGCAGGAGCCAGUCCCCACCCCUGCCUUCCCCACACCCACCCCAAUUGUGGCACAUGGUCCUUGUGCGGCAGAAUCAGAACCAGCUCUUUUAUUAGGGAGCAAGCAGUUUGGGCUUUCGAGAAAUAGCCACAUUGCAAUUGCUUUUGAUGACACCAAAGUUAAAAACCGCCUCACAAUUGAGUUUGAAGUGCGAACAGAAGCUGAAUGGGGCCUGCUUUUUUACAUGGCUCGGAUCAAUCACGCGGAUUUUGCUACCGUUCAGCUGAGAAAUGGAUUGCCCUAUUUCAGUUAUGACUUGGGAAGCGGUGACACCCACACCAUGAUCCCCACCAAAAUCAACGACGGUCAGUGGCAUAAGAUUAAGAUUAUGCGAAUUAAACAAGAAGGAAUUAUUUAUGUAGAUGAUGCCUCCAACAGAACCAUCAGUCCCAAGAAAGCGGAUAUCCUGGAUGUUGUGGGAAUGCUGUAUGUUGGUGGGCUACCCAUCAACUACACUACCCGAAGAAUUGGUCCAGUGACCUACAGCAUUGAUGGCUGCAUCAGGAAUUUUCAGAUGGUGGAGGCCCCUGCUGAUCUUGAACAGCCAACCUCCAGCUUCCAUGUUGGAACAUGUUUUGCUAAUGCUCAGAAAGGAACAUACUUUGAUGGAACAGGUUUUGCCAAAGCAGUUGGUGGGUUCAAAGUGGGAUUGGACCUUCUUGUAGAAUUUGAAUUCCGCACAACUAGAACCACUGGAGUUCUCCUGGGAAUCAGCAGUCAGAAAAUGGAUGGAAUGGGUAUUGAAAUGAUUGAUGAAAAGCUUAUGUUUCAUGUGGACAAUGGCGCUGGCCAAUUCACUGCUGUCUAUGAUGCUGGGAUCCCAGGGCAUUUGUGUGACGGAAAGUGGCAUAGAGUCAUAGCCAACAAGAUCAAACACCGCAUUGAGCUAACAGUAGAUGGGAAUCAGGUGGAAGCCCAGAGCCCAAACCAAGCAUCUACAUCAGCUGAUACAAAUGACCCUGUGUUUGUUGGUGGUUUCCCAGAUGGCCUCAACCAGUUUGGUCUGACAACCAACAUUAGGUUUCGAGGUUGCAUCCGAUCUCUGAGGCUCACCAAAGGCACAGGCAAGCCACUGGAGGUCAAUUUUGCCAAGGCCCUGGAGCUAUGGGGUGUUCAACCUGUAUCAUGCCCAGUCAACUAAUACAAAUCAGUUUAACUCCAAGAAAGGUCCUUCAAGUAGAUCAAGUAAAACAAAUAUAUCUUACCUAUAUAUGUUAUUAAAACUAAUUUGUGCAUGUAUAUUGAAUUCUUUCUGUACUCAGAUGGUGCUAAUUCAGAUCCCAGACUGAAUUUAAAUUUAAGUUUUCUCAAGUCCAUAAAUAUUAAACCAAUUAUUUCAUUCUAAAUAAUUGCUUGUUUUGUGUGAUUUUAAAGAUGAAAGACAACUGACAUAAAUUAAUGAAUUUGCAACAUGCCUUGGAGUCAUCUCAAGAAGAGUUUAAAUGUUAUUUGUGAAGGUAACAUUUUUGUUUUUACUAACUCCUAUUAAUACUUUUAUCAUCCUUUUCCAUGUUAUGUCAGCCUUGGCUUUCUGUUCAGGCCACUGAAAACAACAGUGGAUUUGGCAUGUUUGGGAGGAAAUCAGCUCCUUUACUCUCUAUGCUUGAGAAGGCAUUAGCAAAUCAUUUCCCUGAUGCAAGUUCAUUAUUAGGGAGUUUAACUAGCCAUAUGAGUGAAUACUUUUUCAUGCUGAGCAUAUAUUUAGAGAGUAUAGAUCAGAUUCAGGCCAGAGAGCUUAAUUACUUGAUUUUCUUGUUUGAUAAUGAUUUAUAGGCUUUGGGGAGACACCAGAACCAAGUUCCAGAAUGACAAUUAAGCACACAUUUGAUACUACAGUGUUGACACUCUGGGCUCCUUCAGUUUGCAGUGAAUAUCACAAUAUACAUAAUCACAGAGGAAUAAUGCUGAAAUACAUUUUUACUUUCCAGGAAACAAUAAACCAAAAAUGUAAUAGAA